AUGCGGCUCUUGGUCCUUGCCGCUCUGCUGACCCUGGCUUCCGCCGGAUGGUUCGACUUUAUCACCGAGCCCGUUAAGAAGGUAAACGUCGAGCUCGUUGCCUCAACACUAGAUCUCCAGGGCGCUGAAUGGAUUCAUGAGGAGGCCGUCCUGCCAGUAUGGGGUGCGGCUCAAGAUGCGGCUGAAUGGGUAGAGAAGGAAGCGGUGCCAACAACUUUGGAUGUGUUGGAUGAGGCUGGAGAUAUCAGCAAGAAAAUUGGUGAGAAAGCCGAAAUGCUCGUCGACAAAACCAUUGAGAAAGGGACGGAUGCGGUUGCUCGAUUGGCAAAUCCCGUGAGGCUUUGUCGGGAUGACUCAUCGUCGGACAACAAGGUCGUGGAAGAUGGCAAGCGAGAAAGUCGAGUAACUGGCCUUCAC